AUGUCCGAUGGUAAAGACACGAAAAUCUUCAAAUCCCCGAGAUCGCUGAUAAAAUCUCCCAGAUUCCACGAUCCGAUAACGAACUUGAUUUUUCCAGGAUCUCCAAGUAUAAAAACAAGUCAUGACGUUGUAUCACAGGAGCAGGUUUUAGACGAGGUGGUAGACAUAAUUGUUGCAGAAGAGAAAAAUGUCUGGAUCACAGGUUUGAUUUUACUAUCCUUUUCGGUCUUAUGUUGGGUUAGCUCAGUCCAGCUACUUAAUAAUGUUAUGAAAAAAACAGACUUCGAUCAUCCUUUAUUGGCUGCAUAUUUGAACGGAGGAUUGUUUAUUCUGUUUGGAAUUAGGCCGUUAAUUAGAGAGUGGUGGAGUACUCUUACAAGGCUGGGAAAUCUAAGCAUUUACAACAUCGGAGCCGAACCUGAGAAUGCAGCUGAAACGGAAAGCUGUCUCCCUAAUGGGAACUCACCACCUUAUAUCAUUGAGAGUGAUGCCAAUAGCAACUUUUCUCAACUAGAAACUCCCAAAGUGCAGUUGUCUCAUCAUGAGAUUAUUAAAGUCAGUGCAUGUUCUGCACUACUCUAUUUCACAUGCUGUUUCUUAGGCUCAUCUGCGUUAAAAUACACAUCUGCGUCAAACCAAACUGUGCUUGCCACAUCAUCCUCAGUGUUUUCUCUCAUUAUUGGGGUUGCCCUCAAAUUCGAAAAAUUCACGGUGGGGAAAGUCAUCUCUGUUUUCUGUUCAAUGGGUGGCAUAGCACUGAUAACAUUUUCCACUAAUGCAUCAAAUUACAAUAUACUUUCUGCCCUCGUAAGUCCUGAUAAAUUUGGGGAUCUCUUGGCAAUUUGCGGCGCAUGUGCAUUUUCUGGCUUUCUUGCCAUUUUAAGACUUAAAUUGGGUGAACAGACUGAUUCUGAGCGUGAUUCUUUAGUGUAUGGUUACCUCGGGUUACUUACGCUAGUUCUAGGAUUCCCAGUCUUACUAGUCUUUGACUUUUUCAACUGGGAAAAAUUGAGCUUACCGGAAAACCAUAUCAUUUUAUUGAUGCUUUUCUUGUCCUCCUUCUUGAAUUGUCUUUCUGAUUAUUGCGGAUCGUGUGCUUCGCUCAUCACGUCUCCCUUAUCUGUUUCACUAUCACUUUCCGCGGCAAUUCCUAUUACUAUGCUUAUAGAUUCUUACUUCUACGGCGGCUCGAACUUCUCCAUCCAGUACCUCACUGGUGUUGUCCUCAUCAUUGCAUCAUUUGUCUUUACAAACGUUUCCAACAAGAAUGAAAUUGUUGAAAAUGCAAUUGAGAAUGCUAUCGAAGAGGCAAUCAAUUACGAUGAACAACUCUCAUUCAUACUCUCACCACGUUUACUAGCAACAGACUCCAACCAUACUGCUACAAUUUCCGACAGCAACCAUUAUAGUAAUAGCGCCGCAAGUGAUAUACCAGGGUUAUCCAUCGAUCACAGUAUUUUAGAUAGCAUGGAGGAACUACCACAUCAAAGGCUGGUUGUUACCGGAGGUCAAAACCACAAGUACUUUUUCAGAGAAAUUACAGACUAA